UGAGCGACCGAAGCCGCGAACGAGAUGCCGGUGGCCGUGGGGCCCUACGGACAGUCCCAGCCGAGCUGCUUUGACCGCGUGAAGAUGGGCUUUGUGAUGGGUUGCGCAGUGGGCAUGGCGGCCGGGGCGCUCUUCGGCACCUUUUCCUGUCUCAGGAUCGGAAUGCGGGGUCGGGAGCUGAUGGGCGGCAUCGGGAAAACCAUGAUGCAGGGUGGCGGCACAUUUGGCACAUUCAUGGCCAUCGGGAUGGGCAUCCGAUGCUAAUCCGGGCAGUGGUUG